UGCCCCUUCUGUACUGCCUACUCCCCAACACUGUGCACAACCUUGCACAUUGCCCCCUUUGAUAAUUCUCCUCAGGCUUACCCUGACCCUUCUUUUCUAAGGCUUUUCUAGUCCUGACUGUCCUUUCUGCAAAUACCUGAAUUUCAAGGCAAGUUACUUAAACACUUAGAAUCCACUUUCCCAUCUAUAAAAUGGGGCUAUUAAUUCCUCAGGAUGGAAUGAGGGUACAGUCAAAAAAUGAAUCUGAACACUUUGUAAAAGUGUGUAUACACUUUAAGCAUUUCUCCCCAGCCACCUCCCCCUCCACACACACACACAAUGUUUUACAGAGUGCUGGAGGAGGUGGAAGUGUGAUGUGGGCCCUGCUGUCUAGCAGUCUGCUGUCACACCCAGCAAUUCAAACUACAAGAUUGUAUAUGACGAAGUGCCAGUUUGGGGGAAUUCAGAAAAAAGGGAAUGACGUCUUUCCCAGGGUCGCUUUUGUUAAAUGACAGCUCGAAUCUUGUUCAUCCACUCUCAGGCCAGUUCUCAUCUGCCAGUUACCCUGCGCCCUGCAGCUCCAGAACUCAAACUCCUAGGCACAUGCAAGUCAGUUAUCUGUGUCCCUGUGGCCCUCAUCAUUUUAAUCCUGCUCUUGGACCCAUAUCAGUGCUGCCGUACAUGAGGGAGGGAAGAUCAAGCCAGGUCAUGGCUGGAGCUCAGGUUUAAUUCAAACCCUAGAGGGUCUGUAAUGGGUGACCAGAAGGAGACAUGGCCCAAGUUGAAGGGAAAUUGGCAGGGCCAGAGAUUGCAUGGGAGGACCAUCCUAGGUGAGUUAAAGGCGUUCAGGAGUUCAUUCUGUGGGGGCUUCCUAGAUUGCCGCUGAGUACAGUGACUGAACCUAGGAUAUUUGAUUGCCUAGGGUGAGUUCACUGGAAAAUCUAGAGUAAAUAUGAUAUUCAAGAUAGGCUGCAAGGGAAGCCAGGUGUCUUGAGUGAUCCAGAGCCUAAGGAGGUGAACUCCAGUAAUAUCUAAGACUUGGUUGAAUGGACAAGUGCAAAUGGUUGUGGCUUAUUUAUUCAGAAAAAACAUUUUCUGUGUGUACUUCUAGUCAAGCUAUUACUUUAUCUUUCCAGGCCUGAUCCCCUUCACCCACUCAGACCUCAAACUGAAGGACCAGGAGUCUGGAGGCCCUUGAGCUAGGAAUCAAGACCCUGUUCUGUUGUCAGAGGUGCCCCCAACACUUGUUUACCACCUACUGUGGCCCUCCCCGUCCUUGGCAGAGAGGAGAAGAGUUGGCAGGAGUACAAGAAGUGAGAUCCGUGUAAGGGGACAGGCCAGGGGGCCCCGGAGAGCUAAGCCCCCAGAGAACAGGUUUGUCAUCCCCAAUAGCAGGCAAGUUGGAGGGGGUCCUAGUGCUGGAGAGAAGGUAGGCUUUUAAGACCGUCGAGGGCACGCCAAGUGGUGCGGCCACCACUAGGGGGCAAUGCCGGGUCCGCGGCCCUUAAGGAUAGAGAAGCCAAAUGGUGGAGGACUGUAUAUGAGCGUUGGCCUCAAACCUGCUCUAUUGUUAAGGUUGGGGGUGCGGAGGAAGAGAGUGGCGCCCUUGGCAGCACCCUAUCCAGCCGGCCCCGCUUCCCUGGUCCCGCCUUCCAGCCCACCUCCGCCCCCGGCUCCGCCUCCACCUCCGCCCCGCCUCCGGCCGCGGCCCCUUCCUCCCGCAGCUGGUGCUGUGGGGCCGCGGAGCCGCGCGGAGCCCUCUCUAUGGCCGGGGAUCCGAGCGCAAAGGAAGAUGUUGGGGAGGUUCUGGCUCCUCCUCCUGAGCUUCCUCACAGCAACUGCAGUUCCUGGACCCUCGCCACGGAGACCAUCCAGAGAACUAGACGCCACUCCGCGGAUGACCAUCCCCUAUGAAGAGCUCUCCAGGACUCGGCACUUCAAGAGCCAAGCCCAGAACUACUCAACACUGCUGCUAGAGGAAGCCACGGCAAGGCUGCUGGUGGGAGCCCGAGGAGCCCUGUUCUCUCUCAAUGCCCGUGACAUAGGAGAUGGGGGUCACAAAGAGAUCCACUGGGAGGCCUCUCCAGAGAUGCAAAGCAAAUGUCAUCAAAAAGGCAAAAACAACCAGACGGAGUGCUUCAACCAUGUACGAUUCCUCCAGCGGCUCAAUGCCACUCACUUCUAUGCAUGCGGGACUCAUGCCUUCCAGCCCCUCUGUGCAGCCAUUGAUGCCGAGGCCUUCACCUUGCCAACCAGCUUCGAGGAGGGAAAGGAGAAGUGUCCUUACGACCCAACCCGUGGCUUCACAGGCCUUGUCAUCGAUGGAGGCCUCUAUACAGCCACAAGGUAUGAAUUUCGGAGUGUUCCUGACAUCCGCCGGAGCCGCCACCCGCACUCCCUGAGGACUGAGGAGGCACCAAUACACUGGCUCAAUGAUGCUGAGUUUGUGUUCUCCGUCCUGGUGCGGGAGAGCAAGGCCAGCACAGUGGGUGAUGAUGACAAGGUUUACUACUUCUUUACGGAGCGUGGUGCUGAGGAGGGCUCUGGCAGCUUUGCUCAGAGCCGCAGCAGCCACCGUGUGGCUCGAGUGGCCCGUGUGUGCAAGGGAGACUUGGGAGGGAAGAAGAUUCUGCAGAAGAAGUGGACCUCCUUCUUAAAGGCGCGUCUCAUCUGCCACAUUCCACAGUAUGAGACACUACGAGGUGUCUGCAGCCUGGACGCUGGCACCUCAGCCCACACGCACUUCUAUGCGGCCUUCAUGCUGACCACACAGUGGAAGACUCUAGAGGCCUCAGCCAUCUGCCGCUAUGACCUAGCUGAGGUGCAGGCUGUCUUCGCAGGCCCCUACAUGGAAUACCAGGAUGGUGCCCGGCGCUGGGGCCGCUAUGAGGGCGGGGUACCAGAGCCCCGGCCUGGCUCGUGCAUCACAGAUUCACUGCGCACCCGAGGCUACAACUCAUCCCAGGACUUGCCAUCCCUGGUCCUGGACUUUGUGAAGUUGCACCCACUGAUGGCUCGGCCUGUGGUGCCCACACGUGGACGACCCCUGCUGCUCAAGCGCAAUGUGCGCUACACACACCUCACAGGGACGCCUGUCACCACGCCUGCUGGACCCACCUAUGACCUGCUCUUUCUGGGCACAGCUGACGGCUGGAUCCACAAGGCUGUGGUCCUGGGCUCUGGUAUGCACAUUAUCGAAGAGAUGCAAGUGUUCAAGCAGCCCCAGUCUGUGGAAAAUCUGGUCAUCUCUCCAAUGCUGCAUAGCCUCUAUGUGGGAGCCUCUAGUGGAGUCAUCCAGCUACCGCUGUCCAGCUGUUCCCGCUACCACUCCUGCUACGACUGCAUCCUGGCCCGGGACCCCUACUGCGGCUGGGACCCCAGCACCCAUGCCUGUGUGGCAGCCACUGUAGCCAACAGAACAGCACUGGUACAGGACAUAGAGAGAGGAAACCGAGGCUGUGAGAGUAACAGGGACACAGGACCACCACCACCACUGAAGACCCGCUCUGUGCUCCGGGGUGAUGAUGUCCUCCUGCCCUGUGACCAGCCAUCCAACCUGGCUCGGGCCUUGUGGCUGCUCAAUGGGAGCAUGGGCCUGAGUGACGGGCAGGAUGGCUACCGCGUGGGCGUGGAUGGACUACUGGUGACAGACACACAGCCUGAGCACAGUGGCAACUAUGGCUGCUAUGCUGAGGAGAAUGGCCUCCGCACCCUGCUGGCCUCCUACAGCCUCAGGGUCCGGCCAGCCACUCCUGCCCCAGCCCCACAAGCCCCUGCCUUGCCUGGAGCACAGCUGGCUCCUGAUGUGAGGCUGCUCUACGUGCUAGCCAUUGCUGCACUCGGUGGCCUCUGCUUCAUCCUGGCUUCCUCCCUCCUCUAUGUGGCCUGUCUUCGGGGAGGCAGACGAGGGCAUCGACGGAAGUACUCUCUGGGUAGGGCUGGCCGGGCAGGGGGCUCCGCUGUGCAGCUGCAGACAGUUUCAGGCCAGUGUCCUGGAGAGGAAGAUGAGGGUGACGACAGGGAGGGGGCUGGGGUCCUGGAGGGCAGCUGCCUCCAGAUCAUCCCCGGGGAGGGAGCCCCAGCCCCACCACCCCCACCACCCCCACCGCCACCGGCUGAGCUGACCAAUGGGCUGGUGGCACUGCCCAGCCGGCUGCGCAGGAUGAAUGGAAACAGCUAUGUGCUCCUGAGGCAGAGCAACAACAGUGGGCCAGUAGGGCCCUGCUCCUUCGCUGAGGAGCUCAGCCGCAUCCUAGAGAAGAGGAAACACACGCAGCUUGUAGAGCACCUGGAUGAGAGCUCUGUCUGAGCCCAGCCGCCUGGGACAAAGGCUUUUCCAAGCCAGCCUCUCUGUCCCAGGCUGGGCCACUGCCUCCCCAACCGCCACCCGACCUUCAACCCCACCAACUCGAGACCCUUCUCCCAAUUUUUUGAGGUCCCUGUAGGGCUGGCUGGCCAGAGUCAGGCCCAGCCAAAGCCCCUCCCUUACUCUCCACAGACCUAUCUGUGAGCAGCCCAGGCCAACCGGUGCUCCUCAGGCAGGGAGGGCUCUGCGGGUCCAGAUGGCCUCAACAUCACCACCCUCUGCAGAGCUCAGUCUGCUGGAUGGUCCUGAAACCAGAUGCUCUGCCAGCUACCAGAUCCGCCUGAGCCCUGCAUACAUUCACAUGCACACAUGGAGGAACUAUCAGCUGGGCUGCAGGGCCCCCGCCGCCACCUCCUGCUGCAUUGUUUCAUCCCUUCUGGACUUUGGGUGCCCUCCUAAUUGCCACAUCUCAUCUAGUCCUCUCCCCUAGUCCCAGCCCCAUGUGGUGACCUCUUUGGCAAGAACUUGGCAAUAAGCCAGCCUGGGGAGGUAAGACUGUAUCAUUCCCCUCUUCUUCCUUAAUGUGCAGCCCUUGUGAGUCAGCAUCCCCAUGGUCACUCUCAAGAGUGACAGAGACAGAGCUCCAGGCAUGUCCCCUCCUUAUGCACACGUGCUUACAUUUCAAUUCACAUGCAUCUUCUGAGCCUCCCCUUGCUGCCUCAGACCUUUGUCUGUCAGUUUGGUUUGGUCCAUGGACAUUUCAAAGGGAGAGCCCUCUCUCAUUUAGCUGUCCUCACAGACACUUCCCUAGGAUGGGUGAUCAACACUACACUCAAUGAGCCAGCCUCCUUUUUGGGGACCAAGCAUUUGCUACCCCUAGACCAGAGCAGGGGGAAGAAAGCUCUGAUGUCUCACCUGGCACAUGAAGCCCAUUCUUGGAACUAUGCAAAGGGCAGAGGCUGGGGGUUUGGAUGCCUGGCUCCCACCCCUGUCCUACCUCACCGGGGCACUUUCAGGGUCGAGAGACUUCUAAAGUCUCCAGGACCAUAUGGGACAAUCAAAUCCUGACUGAGCUCCCCCAUUCCCCUUGGGUGAGGAUGACUGUUAUUUUUGUAGCUAAGAACGUGGAAUCUCACGGAUUUUUACUGCCCUUCACCCAACCUCUUCCACCUCCACCCCACAAUGAAUGUAUUUAUUGUGAAAAUGGCUAUACUUCUUUCAGAAUGCCCUCACUCACCACCACAGUGGGUGGAACAGGCAUGUGACAGAGUGGGGAGCCUGGGCUCAGCUUCCCUCCCUACCCCCGAUUGAUUAAUAAAUAACCCUCUCUCCCCACAGCUGUAAGUGGUCUGCUUGGUCUAGGCAGGCCUUCCCCAGAGGAAGGCUUCUGAGCCUAUGAAAAUGGUAUUGCAGGGUUGGCCCUACUCUCCAUAAACUAUGUGCAGAGGAAACCAGGAUCCUGCUUUCAUCCUGGCUGCACUGGGCAGAUAGAGACCUUUUCACUGUCCUCUAAUGAUGGUGAUAAGGGCAUGACAAACAAAAUUACAACAGUUAAAGAAUUCAUACAAAGCUUUCUAGGUUUUUACCUACUGGCUCUUUUCUUUAAUAUCCCCUCUUUUAGCCAAGCCUAGAAAAUGCUCCCUGUUUAUCAGCCCUCUUGUUCUUCCCCAAGAAGCUUGUCAGUACCUCUCCUCAACCCCACAAGGGGCAUGAAUUCAUUUCUGCGCAAAGGCGCCUGUCUGGGCAAAGCAGUUGGGACCAAGGUAAGCGUGUUACCAGGGACUUGGCCUGAGACUCACUCUCUCCAAGGGUCAGGCCCAGACUAAUCACAUGGCCUUUGAUACUAACCACCCAGAGGGUUAUUACACAUUCUGCUUCUGGUUUUAGGAUAAUGAAAAAAUGGUGUUGUAUUUUAAAUAUACACACAAUUUGAAGUAA